GGAUUAAGCUCUCUGGAUAUGGUCAAGCGAAAAAAAGGGCUCUCUGGAUAUGUAUUUCUUUCUCUCUCUCAUGGAUAGAUGUUCAUAUUGCCUUGCACGAGGGAUAAGGAAGGUGCUGGAACGGUUAAGCUCGCUGGAUAUGCAUAUAUCUAACCGUUUCUCUCUCCCUCUCUCUCUCUCUCUCUCUAUGUACAGAAAUCCUUAGCUUUUAUAGUGGAUUCUAUUGAAUGGGCCAAGCAGGCUUUUGAUCUUAAUUGCAAUUCAAUCAUGAAUGGGAUUUUUACUCGUCUGGGUCCACAAAAGGAUUUAUAUAUGGCAUCUCUCCUCCAGUAAAAGUGGGUUAAAUGUCUCACUGAAUGUGUAUGGAUUGUUACCCCUCUUUGGGAGUCUAGAGUUCUGAUUGAUUUGGGUAGAAUGCAAUGAAAGAUUGUACUAGCUAGUUUUGCUCAAAUCUAUACAAACUUGAAUCCAGGCCAAAAUCCAUGCUCCCAAACUCAAUCUUAGCAUUCAGUUUCUGCUGUGCAUUUGGGAGAUUUCUAUUGGAUCAAUGGCUUUGAUAACAUUUUUACUGGUAUAAAGGACUGCUUUGUGUGUGUGUGUGUGUGUGUGUUGUCCCAAUUUCCAAUUUGUUUUUCCACAGAAAAUAGGUAUGCUUUCUUCACAAGUAGCUGAACCUCUUCAAAUGGCCAUUAUUGUCAACAAAGCAAGGUCAAGAAAACUCAUAUGGUCAAUUGGCAAAUUUAGAAGUUGGGUCACCUAUAUAAAUCAAACGAAAACUCGUUACUCCCUCCCUUUGUGGUAUAUAUACCCACAUACAGCCAAGCUGCUUUGUGUCUUGUGAAACUAAAGAUGGAGAAGAUGAUGCAUGCUGUGGUAGUAGCAGCAGCCGUUGCAGUUUUGAGUAUGGCUUUGGGAUGCAGAGCGGUUCAGGAUAAUGCGUCCUCCUCCUCCUCCUCCUCGUGCGUGAAUGAGCUUGUUCCUUGCCUCCACUACCUUAAUGGCCUCAGCCAGCGGGGUGGCAGCAGUGAGGAGUCGCCACCAGACAGCUGCUGCGACCCCCUCAAGGCGGUGAUGAAGUCCAAGCCACAGUGUCUGUGCAGCAUGCUCAGCAAUGAGGGCACCCGUCAGGCGGAGGAAGCGGGCGUGAAUGUCACCGAGUCCCAGGAGUUGCCUGCCAGAUGCGGGCAGCAUGUCAAUCCCAUCUCCUGUCUCACAACAGGAGGGUCGUCAUCAUCAGUUCCCAAUAAUAAUUCAAAGAAGACAGUUCCAAAUUGGAUCAGGAUCAGCAGCUGGCUUCUCAUCCUCAACCCACUCAUCUCCUGCGCGCAUUAUUAAUAUUAUUAUAAUUAUUAUUAAGCAUAGCCGGGCAGCCUAUGUAGUUACCCUUCUUUCUUCUUCUUCUUCUUCUUCUUCUUCUUCUUCUUCUUCUUAUGAUCAUUACUAUACUUCCCAUGUAUAUUUGUGUUUGAUUAAUUUUUAACUAAAUGCUUCAAUCAUUAUUAUUAUUUAAAGAUUA